AUGACUGGAGCGCCCCCAGCUGCCCAUUUUCCUCGGGUGGGUUGUACCCUGUCGCUGCACCCAUGCUUUGUACUUUUCGCAGGGAUUCGCAAUGGGUCAAUGGACUCGUCACCGUUUUGCUGGGACGUGGGAUCCUUUGACAGAGGGGGUCCUCCACCACCGUUGGACGCCCCUGCCCCGCGGCCUUCGCCCGGUCGGCCGCCGAUCGAAAGCGCGUGUAGCGAUGUGCUGUCGGCGGUGGCGGCAAAGUCGGAGGCGCGCCAGCCGAGGCCUUUUGUCCCGAAAAGACGCCCUCUUGCAAAUAGGAGUUGA